GACAAUAAGCUUUGCUGGAGCUAUCAAAGGAUGGAAGGAAGGGUGUAGAUCAGCUGUUGGAUUAGAUUCUUGUCAUCUAAAUGGUAAGUGUGGUGGUGUGUUGAUGGCUGCAACUGGGUUAGAUGGUCAAAAUGGUUUAGUCACAUUAGGAAUUGAUAUUUUUCCUGCUGAAAAAAUUGAGAAUUGGACUAUAUUCCUCACUGACUUGAAGCCAUUACUCUUAAGCCAUGAAAAUCCAUUGACAUUCAUUUCAGAUAGGAAAAAGGGCUUCUUGAAGCUGUUCCUGCUGUGUUCCCAGACUCAUAUCACAUAUAUUAUUGGAGGCACUUGUAUAACAAUUUCAAGAAGCACUUUAAGGGACAAAAGUUGUAUAGCUUACUGUGGAAUGCAGCCAAAUGCUACAAGAAGAAACAUUUCUAUAUAUGAAGAAGGAGAAUCCUGCUGCUGUGGUGUACCUUGAAAAGGCUGGUUUUGAGUCAUGGUCUAGGGCCUUUUUUGAUGACACUAGUAUUGCUCUCAUUAUUACUCAGUUGCUGCAUAGAGGGCCACAUAUGCUCAAGUUGUCUUUCCAUUUCAUCCUCAAGAAGAUUGGCCUGAGUUGGAAGAACAUGAAAAGGUUGAAUUGGAAUCUGCUAUCAAGAUCAGGAAAUCAGGACGGCCUAGAGUUAAGAGGAGGAGAGCAUGGGAUGAUCCAAAAGUACCUACACAGGUAUAUUCAUGUUCAAGAUGUAAAUCAACUGGUCAUAAAAAAACUACAUGUCAAGGUGGUGAUGUUGGCAAGAAUGCAAAAGCUAAGAGGCAGAGAACCCAAGUAGAUGGUGCUACCUUCACAUCUUUUGACAGACCUUCUCCUCAUAAGAAGCAAUCUCAACCAUCUGGGAUUAGAAAAACAGCAGCUGCAUCUUCUUCUAAAUCUAAGAAAGCUCCUGCUAAAGCUUCCACAACUUCAAAGAAGAAGAACAUGAGUCAGACAAAGAAGUGAAUGACAGUAUGUGGUUUGCAGUAGUUAAGGUUAUGACUUUUUAGAACAAUGUUAUUUUGGACCAUCUUUAUUUUGGACAACAAUGUUAUUUUGGAACAACUUUAUGUAUGAAAUAGUACUUUUUAAAUCAUGUAU